CACACACCUGGGAGCAAAGCAGUGUGGACGGAUGCAACAUAGAACACACACACAACCACACCACGCACCACACACACCGAGACAGAACAAAUGCUGACUCCAGACAACCUCAUCAGAGGAAGCAGCAGCCCCAGUAGCAGCAGAAAGAAGAGAACCACGAGGAAAACCACCAGAGGAACCCCUCUCACUUCUCUCCUCUUCCAAGGACCUCAGCUCUGAGAUGGGCUGCUACUCGGGACGCCAGGCCCCGGCCCCAGGGCUUCACUCAGACCUGGACUGUGGCAGCAGCUUACCCCCAGAGUCGCCCCAUGGAGGAGGGGACCUGGUCCUACCUCCAGAGUCGCUCUCUACGCUGCAGUGUCUGGCCCAGGCCACGGGUGGUACGGAGAAGUCCUGGUACCGCUGUGUGUUUCCGUUCGGGGUGAUCUCUUUGGUGAUCGGGGUAGCGGGAACGGCGGUCACCUUCAUGUAUAACACGCCAGACCUGUACCAGACCAAGGUGGUGUCCAUGGUGCUGCUGGUGGUGGGGGUGGUCAUGCUGCUGAUGGCAGCCAUCUGCUGGAGGGACCACAGGCUGAAGAGGAGGAAGAAGAAGGAGGGAGGUUUCUUCUGCUCCGAACAGGGAAACUUGUGAGGUCUGGAGGAGGAAAGGGGGGGGGGAUGGAGGGAUGGAUGGUACAGAGACAUAGACAAAAAUAGAUGGAUGGAUGAUUUGAACAUCUGAAAGGUCCAAACUGAUCAAGCUGGCACGUGCUUAACUCUUGGGGCGAGACGCUAGAUCUCACUGAACUGGAGAAGUGGUGGAAAGGGUUGAGAGUUCCUCUUCCUUGUUUGGAAUCCUAACCUCCAUCUCCUCCACUUUUUCCUCUCUCUGUUUUUCCAGUCCCCGUGUCUCUGAGGAUGAUUACUCAGUUUUGCUCUGUGUGG